AUGGGGUCAAAAAAGAUCCCCAAAACCCUCAAUGGGCACUUUUCUCUUGUACUAAUCAUCACCAUAAUGAUGGUGACUCACUCCCAUGGAUUUCAACUAGAGAUCAGAAAUGAGCUCUCGGGUCGGUACAGGAGGCUUGUGUACAAAUGCUGGUCCCGCGAAAACGAUCUAGGGUGGCGAGAAGACUGGCCAGAUCAACACAAGGACUGGUCAUUCUCCAUGUCGCUAUUCCACACCUAUUUCUACUGCAACUUCCAUACAGGAUACGGACGUGUGGACAAGCAGGUAGUUGCUUCGUGGGAGAUGAAAUAUCAGUGUGGGGACAGGGAAAAAUGCACUUGGGUCGCUAAGAAGGAUGGACUCUACUUGAGACACUGGAAGACCAAAUUUUUUAGUAACAAGUAUGGUAACGAGAGGUGGAAUGAGUAUGUUCAACAUGAUCUCCUCCAGAAAGCUUGGAGCUAA